AUGCCCUUCCUCGCUAAAGAACAUGUCCCCAUUUCGACAAAGGAUAUCCUCUCCUGGAUCUACGAUGAGCCGGUCUUCGAUCAAAACAAACAUAUCUAUAUAGAUGCCAAUGAUCCCUCAAACUUCAUAUCUGCCGCGCAUGCCAAAAUCUUGAUCCGCCAACUCAUCGCGGGUUUCCAACAUGCUGGGCUGAAGAAAGGCGAUGUGGUGCUAAUACAUUCGUUCAAUUCUAUCUACUACCCGAUUAUCGUGCUGGGCAUCAUUGGCUGUGGCGCGAUCAAUACUGGCACCAAUCCGAGCUACACAUCCUACGAGUUGACGUACGCGAUCCGGAGCAGCCAGGCCAAGCUAAUCAUUUGCGACCCCGAUGUGCUUGGAGACAGAAUUGUCACUGCGGCGAAAGACUGCGGCGUGCCAACAGAGAAGAUAUUAGCCCUUGAUUCAGCCCCAAUCUCAUCCCCGGCGCAAUCCAGCAUCAAAGGCUUUAACUCAUGGCGCACCUUACUCUCCCACGGCGAGGAAGACUGGAUACGUUUUGACGAUAAGCAUACCAGCGAGAAUACCACUGCGCUGCUCUUCUUCUCUAGUGGCACCACAGGGCUCCCCAAGUUAACGCAACUCAGCCACUACAACCUCAUCGCACAGCACACCCUCGUCUUCGAACACCAGCCACGACCCUAUGCGUUGAAAAGACUAGUCGCACUGCCCAUGUUCCACGCUGCAACCGCUCCAUCAACGCACAUUUCCCCUCUGCGAGCAGGCCAUCCACAAUUCAUUAUGCGGCGCUUCGAACCCACCGCCUUCUUAGAUAAUGUGAAGAAGUUCCAAAUCACGGAUUUGAUCCUCGUCCCGCCACAAGUCACAUCCCUCCUCUCCCACCCUCUACCCGUCACUCGUAAACAAGACAGAUUGAAAAGUGUCAAAUGUGUCUACGGCGGCGGUGCACCCCUUGACUCGCAUACACAGAGCCAUUUCCAGACUCUCCUACCUACAGGCUCUCCUUUCACGCAAAUCUGGGCAAUGACGGAGACAUGUUGUUUCGCCUCGCUGUUUCCCUACCCUGAAGACGACGACACGGGGUCUGUAGGCCGCUUCUUGCCCAAUAUUGACGUCAAAAUCCUCGAUGAUGAGGGGAAUGAAAUCACCACUUUGGAUCAGCCGGGCGAGCUGGCGAUUCGCGGCCCUACGGUCACGAAGGGGUAUGUUGGGGUCGCGAGGGCGAAGGAUUUCGAUGCCGAGGGGUAUUUCAGGACGGGGGAUGUCAUGUAUGUGCAUGGCAAGACCGGACUGUGGUAUAUCAUUGAUCGGAAGAAGGAUUUGAUUAAAGUGAGGGGCUUUCAGGUCGCGCCCGCUGAGUUGGAAGGCGUGUUGCUUGAGCACCCGGGCGUUGCUGACGUUGCUGUCAUCGGAGCCAAGAGUCAUGGUGGAAAUAGUGAGUCGCCGCGGGCUUAUAUAGUGAGGAAGGCGGAUGUGGAAUUGGAAGAAGGAGAAGUAAAACAGUGGGUUGAGGCUAAGUUGGCAAAGUAUAAGAGUUUGGAUGGGGGUGUUAGAUUUGUGGAGAGUAUCCCCAAGUCGCCGAGUGGGAAGAUUCUGAAGAGGUUGCUGAGGGAUAGGGCGGAGAAGGAGAUGGGUACGAAGCUGUGA